UAGAGAAAAUGUGUAUCAUAAGUCAAAAGUGUCUAAAAUACUCAAAAUCAUAACAGAAAAAUUACUUAUUUAGUAUUAGUUAUAUUUCAGAUAGUGAAAAAAAUUAUAAAAAAUAGAAAAAAUGUACAACACAUUACCAAGAAUUAUACCAAAGUACUGCCGCGUAGGACUUUUUUCUAGUCAUUUGUAUAGUUCCAGGAAAAUUUCUUCAAACAAUGGACCCAUAACAGAAAAUUUCAUUUUAACCAGACUUAGAGAAAAGUUCCCUACCGCCGGUAAUAUCAAUGUUGAAGAUACUUCUGGAGGUUGUGGAGCAAUGUUCAAUGUAGUGAUUGAGAGCCCAGAAUUCCAUGGUUUGUCAGUUAUGAAGCAACAUAGGAAAGUAUAUGAUGCACUCAAAGAUCAAAUAAAACAAAUUCAUGGCAUCCACCUAGAGACUAAGGCACCCAAAUUGUAACAAAUGUAGACAAGGAAAUGAAGGAUGUUUUGUUUAGCUAAUUUUAUGUUCUCACUUCACCACACAGAAAUUGAACAGAGUGGGGAGACUACACAAAUAAAAUU